GCAACCGGUCACCCAUCACCUUUUCUUCAUCCAUACUUCUCUUUAUAUUAUACACCCCUCGUCUCGUUAAUCAAACACAUUUUGGCCGGAAAAAGGCGAGAUGCCGGUAGAAGGUGCUUCAGUUUCCGGCCAAACUGUAUGUGUUACGGGUGCGGGAGGUUUUAUUGCUUCCUGGAUUGUUAAGCUUCUCUUGGAGAGGGGUUAUACCGUCAAAGGAACUGCUAGGAACCCAGACGACUCGAAGAACGCUCAUCUAUGGGAGCUGGAAGGGGCCAAGGAGAGAUUGACUCUCUGCAAAGCCGACCUUCUCGAUUACGAGAGCCUUCGCGCCGCUAUUAAUGGAUGUGACGGAAUUUUCCACACUGCCUCCCCUGUCACUGAUGACCCAGAGCAAAUGGUGGAGCCUGCCGUGAACGGAACCAGAAAUGUAAUUAACGCGGCGGCAGAAGCCAAAGUUCGUCGCGUGGUUUUCACGUCCUCGAUCGGAGCUGUCUACAUGGACCCCAAUCGAAGCCCGGACAAGGUCGUGGACGAGACGUGCUGGAGCGACCUCGAGUUUUGCAAGAACACCAAGAAUUGGUAUUGCUACGGUAAAGCGGUGGCGGAGCAGGCGGCGUGGGCGGUGGCGGAGGAGAGAGGGGUGGACCUGGUGGUGGUGAACCCGGUGCUGGUUUUGGGCCCGUUGCUCCAGUCGACAGUGAACGCCAGCAUCAUCCACAUACUCAAGUACCUCACCGGCUCGGCCAAGACGUAUGCCAACUCCGUUCAGGCGUACGUGCACGUGAAGGACGUAGCCCUGGCUCACAUACUGGUCUUCGAGAUGCCCUCUGCCUGUGGACGGUACCUCUGCGCCGAGAGCGUACUGCACCGCGGCGAGGUCGUCGAGAUUCUGGCCAAGUAUUUCCGGGAAUAUCCCAUUCCGAUGAAGUGCUCAGAUGAGGUGAAGCCAAGGGCGAAGCCCUACAAGUUCACGAACCAGAGGCUGAGGGACCUGGGGCUUGAGUUCACGCCGGUGACGCAGUGUCUCUGCGAAACGGUGAAGAGCCUGCAGGAGAAGGGCCACCUCCCAGUGCUCUCAUCUCAGAUCGACGAUGCCCUUCGCAUCCAUUCUUGAGUGGGCUCAUCUGACGUGGGCCCAACUCAACAGACAACAGAAUUUGAAGGUUUUUUUUUAAGUAAUGGGAGGCCUUUGUAGUUUGUACCAUUAUCAUGGAUUUGAUCCAUGGAUCACCUUGAAAAUUGUAAUAAAUAAACUCUUUAUCUGUUUUAACAUCCUAAUGGGUUAGGCAGAUAGGCCCAUAUCGUGGAGAUUAAUCACCAUGGCCCACCAUCAGGUUCGCUAUGAGGAUGUGGGCCCAGGUCCGGUUAAAGCCCGGCAAAGAAAGGAAUCAAAGGCUGAGUCCAGGUCCAGACUCAAGAGGCUGACAAAGUCAGGAAGGAAGUUGGGCUGUCGAUUUGUGGAAUUGUUUUUUUUUUUUUUUUUAAAUUAUUCGGAUUGGAAUUAGACAUAUUUGUUGGCGAUUGACCACAAAUAAACUACACGCAUGGAAAGUUGGUCGCAAGUCGUUUCAGGAUGUAAUCAUAGAAAAAAAGGGUUAUUUACUUAAACCUACUCUAUGGUUGUGUAUUAUUAAAAUACGCUUAUAAUUUGCAACCAUUUAUUUAAUCAA